CAGAAAACAGGAGGAGGAAGGAGCGGUCCGGCUUCAUCCGGCAGGAGUUUUCUCUCGUUUUGUGGCUCAUCUAAAGCAGGAGAAGAGUCUGAUGGAGAAGCCGAGGAACAUUUUUAGCCGUUAGGACUCAGCUCAGUCACUACAGAGGAAACAAUGAGCUCGACACAAAACGACCAACAUGAAGCAGGAAGUCAGCGCUCUCAGGAGGCCGACAAACCUCACAGAAGAAAGGGAGAGAGAAAAUCCAGCUGUGAUGAGUGUGGGAAGUCUUUCACACACAUGAGUAGCCUAAAAAGACACCUUGUCUUCCACAGUGACAUUAAACCAUACAGCUGUGAUCAGUGUGGGAAGAGUUUCACCCAGAAAAGCAGCUUGAGCAUGCAUAAAUUCAUCCACAGCAUUAAACCAUACAGGUGCGACGUGUGUGGAAGGUCUUAUACUCGAUCUGGACAUUUAAAAAGUCAUCAAGUCAUCCACAAUAGAUUCAAACCAUUCAAGUGUGACUUGUGUGAAAAGUCUUAUACUCAAGCUGGACAUUUAAAAAAUCACAAAGUCAUCCACAGUGGAGUGAAACCAUUCAGGUGUGACUUGUGUGGAAAGUCUUUCACUGAGAUGAAGAGCCUAAAACGACACGAAGUCUUCCACACCGGAGCUAAACCAUUCAGCUGUGAUCAGUGUGGGAAGUGUUUCACCCGCAAAGAAGGCUUGGAAAACCACAAGCUCAUCCACAGCGGAGUUAAACCAUACAGCUGUGAUCAGUGUGGCAGAGCUUUUACUUGCAGGAAAAAUUUAUGGAUUCAUCAAAUUACCCACUCUGGAAUAAAGCUAUACAGCUGUGACGUUUGUGGGAAAACGUUUAGUCAUCUGGGGAGCCGAAAUAAACAUCUGCGCAUUCACACCGGGCAGGAUGUGUGCUGCUGUGAUCUGUGUGGCAAACGCUUUGUUACAUACAGCAACUUACAAAUCCACAAACUUACCCACACUGAGGAGAGACCUUAUAAAUGUGAGCUGUGUGAUAAGGCUUACAAAGCUCCAAAUUCCCUGAAAGUGCACCAGAAGAGUCACACCAGAAAGAGACUGUACAAGUGCAGUUACUGUGACUGCUCUAUGGCAGAGAAGAGGGCUCCACUGAGGGCGGUGAAGGCUUCCCGGAGUGUUGUUGGCAGCAGCGUCCCCGCUACAGCAGACACGCACACCGACUGUUCUUCCUUUUACCACACUGUAAACAUGCUUCUUCUUAUACUGUAA